AUGGCCACCUACGACCUGCAAACCCUCGUCGAAACCGACAUCAAAGCUGCCCUCCCCGCAGACAUCGUCGCCGAAAUCGUCUCGCAAGCCCCCUUCGUCACCGUCCCCGGCAUCUUCAACCUCCGCGACAUUAGCAGCGCAACAACGCCCUCCUCAACUUUUCCCCCCGUCCUCCGGCCGGGCUUCGCCUACCGCUCCGCUGCCCCGCUCUCCGAGCUCCCCGACGGCGGCGCGACAGCGCUCACAACGCUGGGUAUCAAAAAGAUCUACGAUUUGCGCCGCCCCGAUGAGCGGACAAAGAAACCGAGUCCUGUUAUCGAUGGCGUCGAGGUAAUCUGGAUCCCAGAUACGCUGGAGGGGAAGCCGCCUGUUUCGGCGACGGAGCCCGUUCCAGAUCCGGAGCGCUCGACGGAGCGGCUCGUUGAUAUGUAUUUGAGUUAUCUGGUCUCGCAUGCGCCGGUGUAUAGGGCGGUUUUUGAACAUAUUCGCGAUGAGCCCGAGAAGGGGUUUUUGUUUCACUGCUCUGCUGGAAAAGACCGCACAGGCGUCCUUGCAGCCCUCAUCCACCGACUCGCAGGGAGCUCCGACGAAGCGAUCAUCCACGACUUUACGCUGACGCGCGUCGGCCUCGAGCCCGGGCGGCCGGCACUCCUCGCCGCGAUGGAGAGUCUUUACGGGAAAUCUGCGUGGGAUAAUCCCGUUCUCCUAGUCCUCUGGGGCGUGCAUGCUGCGGGAAUGACGGGGUUCCUGAAGGCGCUCGAUGAGAAUCAUGGCGGGGCGGUCGGAUACGUACAGAGUCUGGGAUUUGACGAGGCGGAUGUGCAGAGGAUUCGAGAGAAUUUGGUCAUUAAGAAGCUGGAGGGGAGUCUUUAA